AUGGCCAUGUUGGGACUCCUGCUGGCCGCGGCCCUUUGUCUGGGCUCUGCCUCUGCUGCUUCUCUGGGAACUGUGAUGACCGAAGGGGGGAUGGUCUCUGGAGACAACUAUGGUGUUUCUGGACUCUUCCGCUACAUGGAUGUUUUCAAGGGAAUCCCCUUCGCCGCUCCCCCUGGUCGCUUUGAGAAACCUCAACCCCACCCUGGCUGGGAUGGUGUUCUGAAAGCCAAAGACUUCAGGAAGAGAUGUCUGCAGGUCAACCUUAUCCAGACAAUGACACGCGGUGAUGAGGACUGUCUCUACCUCAACAUCUGGGUACCCCAGGGACGUAAAGAGGUCUCUACCAACCUCCCUGUCAUGGUCUGGCUCUUUGGGGGUGGCUUCCUUGUCGGUGCUUCCUCCGGAGCAAACUUCCUUGACAACUAUCUGUACGAUGGAGAGGAGAUCGCCAACAGGGGAAAUGUCAUUGUGGUGACACUGACCUACCGUGUGGGAACUCUGGGCUUCCUCAGUACUGGAGACGACGGCAUCCCUGGUAACUACGGCUUGUGGGAUCAGCAUGCUGGGAUUGCCUGGGUGCACAGGAACAUCAAGGCUUUUGGUGGAGAUCCCGACAACAUCACCGUCUUCGGAGAGUCUGCUGGAGGCGCCAGUGUCAACUUCCAGCUCAUUACUCCUAUGAAUAAGGGGCUCAUCCGCAGAGGCAUCUCCCAGAGUGGUGUGGCUCUCUGCCCUUGGGCCAUCAACAGGAACCCCAGACAGUUUGCUGAGCUGGUUGCCACAAGGGUGGGCUGCCCAACUGAUGAUAAGAUGGUGGCUUGUCUGAAGAUGACUGAUGCUGUUGCUCUGACUCUUGCUGGCACUUUGGAAAUGCACGGGUCUCCGGAAACUCCCAUUGUCAAAGCCCUGGUCCUCUCUCCUGUCAUCGAUGGAGACUUCCUGCCUGACGAUCCUCGCAAUCUGUUCGUCAAUGCUGCUGACAGGGACUACAUUGCUGGUGCCAAUGAUAUGGACGGCCACAUCUUCACUGGACUGGAUGUGCCUUCUGUCAAUCAGCCUAUUCAGUCAACACCCGUGGAGGAUUUGCGGGUCCUUGUGGCUUCCUUCACCAAAGAGAAGGGACAACAGGCUGCUGACCUGGCCUACAAUGAGUACACCUCCACCUGGGGGAGCAGGCCUAGCAAGGUAGAGGUGAAGAGGGCUAUUGUGGAAGUGGAGACCGACUACACCUUCCUGAUUCCCACUCAGGCUGCUCUCUACCAGCAUAACAGCAUUGCCACGACUGGACGUACCUACUCCUACCUGUUCUCUCAGGGUAAUAGAAAUCCCGGUUUCCCCAGCUGGAUGGGGGCUGACCACGCUGAUGACUUGCAGUAUGUCUUCGGCAAGCCCUUCGCCACUCCUCUGGGAUACUGGCCUAAGCACCGUGAUGUCUCUAGAUACAUGAUCGCCUACUGGACCAACUUUGCCAAGACCGGAGACCCUAACAAAGGUGAGUCUGAUGUUCCCGUCAACUGGCCUCCUUUUAACAAUCAGACCCACCAAUAUGUGGAGAUCAACCACAGGAUGGGCAGAAACUCUGUCAAGCAGAAGCUGAGGCUGCGCUUCGUCAACUACUGGACCAAUACUUUCAGUGCCUUGCCCACCAUUUCUGAGUAGAAUUGCCUAGAAUCAUAUACAGUCCAUGCCAGUUAAAUGGUCUAGCUUUAAUUAAAGUUUUACUCAAAAUCAUAUCAGCUAUUUUUCAUUACUCGAUUGAAGACAAUGAAACAAAUGAAUGCAAUAAAAACACUUCAAACAUU